AUGAAGAGAGCAAGUCUUUUUGUCCUGCUUUCUAGCUUAUGGAGUGGGGGCCUCGGAGUUAGCAAUACUACAAAUACUUGGACUAUACAUAAUGAUGAACAUUCACAGAAGAAUAUGAUGCCUGCAUUGGUUCCUUUAAAUAAAACACAAGGUCUUCAAAUGAUUAUGUCAGCAGAGGCAGCCACAACUCCUGAGGCAAGAACCUCUGAAGAACACCUUCUAAAAUCAGAGGGAGGUUUACCUUCUCAGUUUGACAUAAAUCAAACCCUCACAUCCAAAGAGAAGGCUGAAGAUGGAGCGGUAAAGUCACAAAAUCUCACCCUUCCAACCAAAUCUAACAUCAAAUUUAGUCCUGGGGAAGAAUCAGUGGUGCUCUCUAACUCUACACUGAAAUUUCUUCAGAGCUUUGCUACAAAGUCAAAUCAACAAGGGAGCUCCCUAAACUCAGUAGAAGGCAUGGGAAGUCGACCCCCAAGGGAGACAUAUGUCAGCAGAGGGGACAGCAGUGGAAGCCAAAGAAGCAACUAUCAAAAACCAACUUUCGAAACUACUAGAGGAAAGAAUUGGUGUGCAUAUGUACAUACCCGGCUGUCUCCCACAGUGAUACUGGACAACCAGGUGACUUAUGCUCCAGCUGGGAGAGGAGCCUGUGCAUGGACCGGAGGGACCUGUCCUCAAAGAUCAAGACAGACUCUGCUGUCAGCCACAUCCUUUAUUUCUGACCAUGUGCGUGAGAGGAAAGGACGUGAUAGUGUGCCCGAGGAACAGCAGCAACUGCUACACAGCAACCAGGCUGAGAGUCACACAGCUGUUGGCAACAGGAUAGCCACUCAGCAGCAACAGCAAGAUUGUGGUGAUGCAGCAGUGAUACAAAAAGUAACAGAGCAGAUCAACAACCAGGCGAUGAAACUGAGUCUCUUGCAGACGAAGACUGACAAUAUUUCUUUGGCUGUGAAUGAUGUCAGAAGCACGUACUCCUCUCUGGAAGGGAAAAUCAAUGAAAAUAAAGGCAAGGAAUUUCAAUCUUUUCUAAAAGGUCUAAAAUCCAAAAGCAUUAAUGAUCUAGUAAAAGGAAUAGUAAGAGAACAAUUUAAAAUUUUUCAAAAUGACAUGCAAGAGACCGUAGCCCAGCUCUUCAAGACCGUAUCAAGUCUAUCCCAGGACCUUGAAAACACCAAGCAACUAAUUCGACAAGUUAAUGAAUCUGUGGUUUUAAUAGCAGUCCAAGAAAAGUUCACUUCAAUCCAAGAAAAUAAACCCACUUUGACGGAUAUCCUGGAUCUAAAGAAUCGUAUUGCGAAUGUAAGACAAGAAGUGACUUUUAUAUGUGAGAAGCCCAUUAAAGAACUUGAAGCAAAGCAGACUCAUUUGGAAGGCAUUCUAGAACAAGAACACUCCAGGAGCAUUCUGUAUCAUGAAAUGCUCAACAAGAGUCAUUCUAAAAUGACGCAAGUACAUGAGCAGCUUUUCUCAGCAGAACAAGUGUCAGAUCAGAAGACUGUUCCAGCUGCUAAAUCAGUUAGCAAUAAUGUCUCUGAGUACUUGUCUACUCUGCAUGACAACAUAAAGAAGCAGGGAUUGAUGAUACUGCAAAUGUUUGAUGAUUUACACAUCCAAGACAGCAAGAUAAACAAUCUUACCUUCACUUUGGAGCUGGAGAAAGCAUCUGUCAUAGGUGAAUGUGAAGACAUGUUCUCCAAGUGCAGAAAUGAUUUUAAGCUUCAAAUUAAGGGCACAGAAGAAAAUUUACAUGUUUUAAACCAAACAUUGGCUGAGGUACUUUUUCCAAUGGACACCAAGAUGGAUCAAAUGAGUGAGCAACUAAAAGAUUUGACUUAUGAUAUGGAGAUUCUUCAACCCAUGCUUGAGCAGGGAGCAUCACUGAAACAGACAACGACAUAUGAACAACCAAAAGAAAUAGUAGCAACAAAGAAAAAAGUGGAUAAUCUGACUACUGCAGUCAACAGUCUAAAUUUUCUUAUCAAAGAACUUACAAAAAGACACAAUUCACUGAGAAGUGAAGUACAGAGUCGUGGCAAUAGUUUAGAAAAACGUAUCAAUGAAUAUGCCCUAGAAAUGGAAGAUGGCCUCAAUAAGACAAUGACCAUUGUAAAUAAUGCCAUUGAUUUUAUUCGAGAUAACUAUGUACUCAAAAAGACUUUAAGUAAUAUAAACUAUAACCCCCAAGUUCAUCAUGAAUGUACCCAAAAGAUGGAAACGAUUUUGGCUUUUAUUCCUCAAUUCCAACAUUUGAAUGAGUCUAUUGGUAUUCUGAUCAAUGACAAUCAGAGAUAUAACUUUGUUUUACAAGUUGCCAAGGCCCUUGCAAAUAUAACUAAAGAUGAGAAACUAAAUCAGGCAAACUUUCACAAGAUUUAUCAAAUGUUAAAUGAAACCACUUCCAAAAUGAUGCAAUACAGGCAAAAUAUGAGUCAUUUGGAAGAAAAAAUGCUUUCUGUCACCAAUAUUUCCAGAAACUAUGAAACUCGUUUGCAAGGCAUUGAGCUUAAAGUGACCCAGACCCUAAUACCUUAUUAUAUUUCAUUGAAAAAAGGCAGUAUGGUUACAAAUGGAAGAGAUCAGGAUCUUCAACUUCAGGUAUUAAGUUCCAGAUUUAAGGCACUGGAAGCUAAAUCCAUCCAUCAUUCAAUUAGCUUCUCUUUGCUUAACAAAACUCUCCAUGAAACUGUAUUGAUGUGUCAUAAUGCUUCUGCAAGGAUAUCUGAAGUGAAUGCUACCAUACCUGAGAGGGUAAAGUCUUCUCUGCCAGAUAUUCAGCAUCUGCAGAAAGGUCUGACAGAAUUUGUGGAAUCAAUCAUUGAAAUCAAAACUCAAGCUGCCCUAUCUAAUUUAACUUGGUAUAUAGAUCGUUCACUGUCUGAAAGUCUUGCAAAUGUUCUCAAGUCUCAGAAGCAAGUAAAAACACUGCUGAAGAAACCUAAUACACUUAAAAAACCAACACUGAAUCUUACCACUGUUCUGAUCGGCCGGACUCAAAGAAAUACAGACAAGGCUAUGUAUCCUGAAGAGUAUUCAGGCUGCAGCAGGUCCCCAUGCCAGAAUGGGGGCACCUGCAUAAAUGGAAGAACUAGCUUUAUCUGUGCUUGCCGACAUCCUUUUGCUGGUGACAAUUGCACUGUAAAGCUGGUGGAAGAAAAUGCUUUAGCCCCAGAUUUUUCCAAAGGAUCUUACAGAUAUGCACCGAUGGUGGCAUUUUUUGCAUCUCUUACUCAUGGAAUGACUACGCCUGGUCCAAUCCUCUUUAAUAACCUGGUUGUCAAUUAUGGAGCUUCAUACACUCCAAGUACUGGAAAAUUCAGAAUUCCAUAUCUUGGCGUGUAUGUUUUCAAGUAUACCAUUGAGUCCUUUAGUGCUCAUAUCUCUGGAUUUUUAGUUGUUGAUGGAAGAGACACGCUUACAUUUGAGUCUGAGAAUAUUAACAGUGAAAUACACUGUGAUAGAGUUUUGACUGGGGAUGCCUUACUAGAAUUAAAUUUAGGGCAGGAAGUGUGGCUGCGACUUGUGAGAGGAACAAUCCCAGUCAAAUCUCCCCCUGUGACUACAUUUAGUGGUUACUUGUUAUAUCGUACAUAA